UUAGAUUUCAAGUGGGCGAAGACGAACUCAGAUCUAACUGAAUCCGAGAGAGAGAUGUUUGGGAGGCUGAGACCGCCGCCAUCUUCGCCGGACUCUCUGGAAAGAUAUCCGGCGAAGAUCAUCAAAGACGAUCCUCUCUCCGUCUACGAGACAACACUGUUAAAGCUUAAGCAAGGAUCGAAACUAGAGACUUCAUUAGAAGAAACAGAAGGUGAGGAGAAUCUGUCAUUAUCAUCACCAUCGUCUCAGGUCUUCUCUUCGGAUACACAAUCAGGAGAUACUCAUGAUGCAAUGGCUGUAGACUCGUGUGAGAGCUCGAAACAGUUAAAGAACAAGAACCCAUCUGUACUGUCCAUGUUUUGCAAGUACAAGAAUCAAGCUCAACCACGAAACAUCAAGGCAGAUACUCGAGAGUGAUUGUGUAAUUGUAAACACACAUAUCUCAAAUUCAUGUGUAUUGUACUUGAUUAUGUACAAUCUAACCAGACAACUAUUAUGUCUUGUAAGGAUUCUAUAGAAAAUAUGUAUCUUUUUCGUCUUCUGUUACCUUUUUUAAGGAUGUAAUCAAAUCAAAUCGAAAACACUUGCUAUGGUCUCAA